AACACUGGACCACGCUACAUUUUCAUUCAUCCCUGGACAUCUGACCACUACCCUGUCAUUCCCUCAAAAGGUACUGCAGACAUUUAUUUCUUUAGGGGAGAGAACAUGGCUUCUUAUUGGUCAAAAAGAAGACGUGUUGUGACAGCUACUGAAAUGUCAGAAAGGCAGAUUCUGUCCGAUUUUGAGUCAGCUCUGGGUAAUCCUGCUGCUCAAGUCUCUCCUUCAAUUGCAUCACCCAGGCCUGCAUCAUCAAUGGGUUUAGAUGAGGAUGGUGGGGAUUCUGUUGAGUUGGGAGGGUGCAGUGAUGCAGAGUCUGACAGCAGUAGCAUGUCUUCAGAGGGUGACAGUGACAGUCAUAUUGAUGGUGACUCUUUUGAAGAGUCAGGGCUUCACCAAAAAUUAAAACACUGGGCUGCAUCAUUCUCUGUGCCUUUGAUUGCUAUUACUGCUCUGUUGACCGUUUUGAGAACAAGCCACCCUGAACUGCCCAAGGAUGCUAGGACCUUAUUGGGCACUAAGCCUGCAGUACCAUUACAGACCGUAGGUAAUGGGGAAUACUUCUAUUUUGGCUUGGCAAAGGGAAUUUUGUCCAAAUUAAGCACCAUCUAUUUACCAGAUGUUAUUCAAACAAUAAGAGUUCAAUUUAACAUCGAUGGUCUCCCUAUUUUCAAAAGCACCAGGCUUCAGUUUUGGCCUAUUUUGGCACUGAUUGAUUGCGAUUACACCAGAACACCGUUUUUAGUUGGCAUCUUUUGUGGCCCUGGAAAACCCUCCAAUGUGUUUGAUUAUCUGAUGCAGUUUGUUAAAGACCUCUCUGAUCUGCUUUGCAAUGGGGUAACAUUUGGAGGUAGAAAGCUGAGGGUGGCCAUUUCAUCCUUCAUUUGUGAUGCUCCUGCUCGAGCAUUUGUAAAACAAAUUAAAUGCCAUAAUGGGUACUCCGGAUGCGAUAAAUGCCAUCAGACUGGUAUUUGGCAGAAAAAAAUGACGUAUCCUGAGACUGAUGUUAGGCUAAGGUCAGACGAGGAGUUUGAAAAUAUGGUAGAUAAACUUUUUUUUAUGAAAAAGUUGAUACAUUUUUGGAUGAGGGGGAAAAACUCUACAAGGCAGCCUACAAGAGCCAUUAAAGCCAUCUCCGAAAAGUUAAUACAGCUUCGUCCCUAUACUCCAGCUGAAUUUGCACGGAAACCCCGUGAACUCGCCAAAAUUGAUAGGUGGAAAGCGGCAGAGUUGCGCCAAUUUAUGAUUUACAGUGGGCCAUUAGUUCUGAGGGACAUUCUUCCACAAGAUCUCUAUGAAAACUUCAUGUUGUUUUCUGUGGCCAUGUUUUUGCUACUCACACCAAACAUUUCUGAAAGUAUGGUUUGUUUUUCCGAAAAAUUGUUAAUGGCUUUUGUAAAGCAUUUUGGAGAGGUGUAUGGUAAAGACGAGAUUGUGUUUAGCGUACAUCAAACAAUACAUCUGACACAUGAGUACCGCCAGUAUGGUUCCCUAGACAACAUCUCAUCCUUUCCUUACGAGAAUUAUUUGGGUAAACUAAAAAAAAAAAAUGCUACGCAAGCCAUCUCAACCUUUACAACAGGUUGUCAAACGCCUUUCAGAGGAGCCAGUUCGUUUAUUUCCACCACCACCUACACAACCAUAGUUGUUACACCCACACCAGGAGGGCCCAUUACCCCAACACUUAAGUUCUGGCCAGCAAUUUAAAAAAGUGCAUUUCAAUGAUUUCUGUUUUUCUUCAAAGCAGGGCGAUGAUUGCCUAGUGAUUAAAAAUGAAAUUGUAAUGGUGAAAAACAUAAUUAAACAUGGCGACUCUGUCUUUGUGGUUUACAUGAAAUUCAAGAGGAGGGAGUCAUAUUUCCACUAUCCUUGCCCCUCCACAAGCAUUGGCUGCUACAGAGUAUUUGGCAUAGACAGCUGCCUUAACGUUGACCGGCUUGAGGUUGUCCAGGGCAAAUGUGUGUUGUUCCCAGAUGGAGAGACCUUUGUGGCAAUCCCUCUUCGUCACCAUUCGUAAACCUAUAUGGGAAGAAAAAAAAAAAUCACAAAAAAACCCCCACACACACAAAGAAACACAUCUUUACUUAUGCAUUAGAAGGAAUCUGGACAGUUGGAGUACUCCAGCUGGAUGGCAGGCACUAACUAUCCUUUCCAUGGAGUACUUUUUUUUUUAUUAUAGAU